UGGGGUCAUGGAUGCUCUGCGCACACAAAGGAAGGAACUUUCCCAAAGGCGGGAGGUAAUUAUCAGCUUUGAAGCCGAGGACCCAGAACUACUGCCUUCAACUCUGCCACAUCACACGCCGCAAGAGUCAGGUCGACUGCAGCUAUGCUUUUACGAGUUCUGCUGCUCUUUCUAUUGUUGACCGAGAGUUGGUCCGCUCCCCAGCGACCGUGCGCUCCGGAGGAUGAGGUUUUUGGAAGAUGCAACAAUAACGUGAAUGAAGAAACACCUAAAUGCACAGAGAUGAAUCUGGGCUAUUGCACUGAUCUGGAGUAUUCAAGAACCAUAUUCCCAAACAUCCUGGGACAUCGGUCUAGAGUUGAGGCAGAAUCAGGAGCAGAGUACCUCCUGUUGAGUGUGAUUCAUGGGUUGUUGAACGGCGAGUGCUCUCCUGAGAUCCGCCUGGUAGGCUGCUCUGUUCUGGCCUCUCCAUGUCAAAACAACCGCAUGAUCAGACCCUGUCGCAGCUCGUGUGAGGCGCUGAGGAAAGACUGUGCUCAUGCCUUUGAGGGCAUAGAAAUGGCCUGGCCCUACUUCCUCGACUGUGACCGCUUCUUUGCCAGUAAUCAGGAGGGCUGCUUUGAUCCUUUGGCUGGACUGAGAGCCAGACAAGAAGUAGCUCUGUCCAGUCUUUCACCAGAGGAACCCAGCACUAUCAUCCAGUUCACAUACACAUCAAACGCCCAAAUGUACAACCUCCUCCGAAGAACUGCAGCCAAGUGCUCCCACAUUUCCCACAUCUACAGCAUUGGGCGUAGCACCGAAGGUCGAGACUUAUUGGUUAUUGAGUUCUCCAACAACCCAGGGAGACAUGACUUAUUGGAGCCAGAGGUCAAAUUGGUGGGCAACAUGCACGGUAAUGAAGUUUUGGGCCGUCAGCUGCUCAUAUAUCUGGUCCAGUACCUGUGCUCUGAGUACAUUUUGGGAAACCAGCGCAUCCAAACCAUCGUCAACACCACACGCAUCCACCUGCUGGCCUCCAUGAACCCAGAUGGAUAUGAGCUGGCUGCCUCUGAGGUAGAAGAUAACAGUGACCCGGAGCUCAGCAACCAUGAAGGACACUUGCUCAAUGGUUGGACGAACGGUCGGACCAAUGCACAGAACAUCGACCUGAACAGAAACUUCCCCGACCUCACCUCUGUCUACUACAGGAACCGCCGAAGCAGACACUACCGCACUGACCACAUCCCCAUCCCUGACGCUUACUGGUUUGGCAAGGUGGCGCCAGAGACUUAUGCUGUCAUGAAGUGGAUUAGGUCGCUGCCUUUUGUGCAAUCUGCCAGUCUUCACGGAGGAGAGCUGGUGGUCUCUUACCCCUUUGACUUCUCCAGACACCCCCAUGAGGAGAGGAUGUUCUCACCCACACCAGAUGAGCAGAUUUUUAAACAGCUGGCCCGUACCUAUGCUGAUGCCCAUGCCACCAUGUCUAACAAUGACACAGACAGAUGUGGCGCCUCCUUUUACAGAACCGGAGGCAUCAUCAAUGGAGCACUCUGGUACAGUUUUGCUGGUGGUAUGUCAGACUUUAAUUACUUGCACACAAAUUGCUAUGAGAUCACAGUGGAGCUUGGCUGUGACAAAUUCCCGUCAGAGGUGGAGCUAUACCCCGAGUGGAAGAGAAACAAGGAGGCACUGUUAAGCUUUAUGGAAUCUGUCCAUAGAGGCGUGAAGGGAGUUGUGCGAGAUCUCGAUGGCAAUGGAAUAAAAGGGGCGACAAUUUCGGUCAGGGGAAUCAGGAAGGACGUUACAACAGCUGAAGAUGGAGACUACUGGCGUUUACUGAACCCUGGGACUCACAUCUUGACUGCCACAGCUAAAGGCUUUUCUAAGGUCACCAAGAGGGUCCACAUACCACACAACAUGAACAAAGCGGGGCGCGUGGAUUUUGUCUUGGAAAAGGUGCCGGUAGAGCCCGAUAUCGAUGACCACUUCUUCCCGACAGACGACACAUGGGACAGAUUUGAUCCAUACAAUAAGUUUGAGCGAGUUACUGAGCCAGGGUUUGGAGAGGAGAUAGAGAGGCAGGAGAAACCAUGGUGGUGGAACUACUUUUCCCAGUCUGGAAUCACACCUCCAAACUGGCUCCUCCGACAUGUUUAGGCCCAGUGUUUCCCUGAACCAUGAGGUUUUUAAAACAAUCACUGCUUUGUAAUUGCAUAAUGGACUGUCCCAGAGCCAAAGAUACCUUAAGAGUUAUAAAAUGUUGCACUUACCAAUACAUUCUGAUUAAGUAUGAUGCAAAUUGAUGUGCUAUGGCAGCUUUUUGGUAAUUUUUAUAGAUGAAAAAUAGGUGGGGAAUGAUGAAGGGGGAUUUGCUUACUUAACUGAGCGUGUAGUGAAGAGUUUCCUAUUUGUAAGCUGUAUAGACCGGCUUUGU